GAGUUGAUAGAGUAAUUUUUCUGACUGCUCAGUAUCAUGCAAUGGAGGCAUUAAGACGAGAUCUCGUAUUUGCAACAAUCCAUUUCCGGAUCCUGAAGGUCUUCAAUGUGACCCUACAUUGUCAUCGGAAAGUUUAUCAUGUAACAUAAAGGUAUGCCCAACUUGUCCGGAACUACAACUCUCCUUUGGUAACGUAAUGAACUGUUCGGAGAUUAGUGGAGAUAAAGUUUGUUCAGUGUCUUGUGUAGCAGGAUACGCGUUUGCUCCAGAAAAUCGUCCUCUCAAAGAGUACAGAUGUGAACAAAGCACUGGUUAUACUUGGAAUGGCCUUACACCUGCUUGUGGGAAAGCGAUGAUACCGAAUAAAUUAUCUUCAAUAACUGCAAUUGAGUACAACUCAUUAAUACCAUGUAUCGACUCUUCAUUAGCCAUAGAAACUCUACAUAAAAACUUAGAAUCAACAUUGUCCUGCUAUAAACAUGGGAUAUGUGAACUAACAACUUCAAUGGACGAAUGUGAAAAUAAAAAGGAAGCGGGUUCUUUAAAAAUAACUUUGAAUGCAACACUUCCUGCUGAAGACUUGGAUUUGUUACAUUACUUGACAACAGGAAUGUUGAAAAAAGGUUUGAAACUCUUGGUAAAUACACUGGUAGACCUAGAAAACUCUACCAAAAAAAUUAAUGAUUCAUAUGAAAUCCUUUCCUUCGACAUGGGCGGGGUUAUGUAUUCACCUCUAAGGAAACAGGCUACAGCAAUUGUUGUGUGUGGAGUCGGACAAGGAAGUGAUGGCCCUAUUUGCAUUGAUUGUCCAAUGGGCACAUAUUCAAAGGCUGGAAAAUGUCCACAAUGCCCAAAAGGAACUUAUCAGAGUGAAAUUGGACAAAAGCAAUGCAUUAUUUGUCCCACUGGUUUAAGUACAAAAUUUGUAGGAUCUCAGGAUGGCUUCAAAUGUACUGAAGUGACAAACGCUACUACGAACUCUUUUAAGCAGGACCAAGCAAGCAGCACUUUGGGAGUUACAGAAGCUGUGAUUAUUGCACUCUCUGUGACGGCUAUUGUAACGGUCUUUCUAAUUGUGCUGAGUGUAAUUUUUCGGCGUCAUUGUGGCAAACGAGAAAACGAGUAA